AUGGAGUACAAGGACGGUUCCUUGUCGAGCCUUGCUCCUUCCUGCCACCUGCACCUUUCUGCCCCUCCGGGUGUUCACCACGGAGGUUCUCAUCAAUUCCCCCGGGCAGACAUCUGCCCUCUGCAGUAUGUGCGGCCCGUUGCCGGCACUACAAGCCCUAUAGCAAGCCCUUCAGUGCCACAGAAGCCCCGGACUUUCUCGUUGCUUAGUCUUCAGCUUGCAGCACAUGUGGCAGUGUUUCCUCCCGAAAUGGAUCGUUGGGAGCUUUGCGCCAAACCGCUCACCGAAUUCGGCUGGAGCGGCCUUGCGGCCACUUCUGGGGCGACGGAGCAGGCCCCCACCGCGCGACAUUAUGUGCUUUUCGACUCCGACCAGCACAUGCGAUUGAGGCCUCUUGGCCCCACGUGGACUGUCGACAUAGUGGCGGCCACGCAACGUGAUGCCGACGUCACAGCUGAAGCAAUUCCUCUAGAUUUGCGCGGCCUGACUGGUUCAAUCUGCACAGGCUAUCUGCGGUCAGGUUUGCUCUUUGCUGAUGUCGUUGCUGCAUACUCGGAACACUGUCCUGCAUACAUGUGUCCGGCCGGCCUUUUCGACGUUGUCGAUCCGAACGGAGCGCAAUUUGCCCAGUGCCCCAGGACUUGGCGGACCUGGACUUUGUCAGGGCAGUUGCACUGGAUGCAGAAGGUUUAG